CAUCCACUGUGUGAUAUCACCAAUGGAGAGAGGGAAAGCUUAUUGCCUGAGUUCAUCAAUGGGGACUUGGAUUCUAUUAGACCUGGAGCUAGAGAAUACUGUGCUAUUAAGGGAUGUGAGCUUAUUCUGACUACUGAUCAAUACCAUCCUGACUUUACUAAGUGCUUUGAAGUGCUCAAAAUGAAACAAACAAAAACAGAAGAAACAGACCUACAGGUAGACGUGAUUGUGACACUUGUGACUUACCUGCUCCAACCAAAGAAGCCCAAAUUUCAUGUGGACACUAGAAUGGAACGUGGCUGUGGCUUUACUACCGUUGGACAGUCUUGCAUUCAGGUUGGGACAAAGGGUCAAAAGUGGAACCUCACAAAUUUUGUACUCAUUUUCGGGACACUAGUCAGUACCUACAAUUCCUAUGAUGGAUCUGGUGUUGUGAAUGAAAUGGGCCACCUGUUCCUCUGGACCAUGGCCCUCAAAAACUGA